AUGCACAUGCUGCCAGACGGCCACUUCGACGCUGUAGUAAUCACGUAUGUGCUCUGCACAGCCAUCGACGGGAAGAAACUCAUCAGCGAAUGCAAGCGUGUGCUCCGAAAGGGUGGCCGCCUUCUCUUCGCCGAACACGUAGGACACAAAAAAGGCACAUUCGCAAGGUUUAUGCAGGACCUGCUUGCUCCACUCGUCCAGUAUAUGACCGGCGGCUGCUACAUGAACAGAGACAGCGGCCGCGUCUUCCAGGAGGCCGGCUUUGCGGAAGUCCAAAUGGAAGAAGUAGACCUGGACCUUCCUUUUCAGUACAGUUACCACGUCUACGGCGUGGCAACUGCAUAA